AUGGCUGGUGCCUCGUCCUCGCCUUACGACGCUUCCGUCCUCGCGGACAUUGCUUGUCGCGAGCUCGGCGAGCUCGAUCCGCGACAAAUCGCUGAGGCCCAGGUGGCUCUGGCACGAGCACUUGGGCUAGACGAGAAGACUCUCGGCCGCGGCGAGCGUGAGAGGCUGCUGCGCUUUCUUCGCGCCCGCAAGUUCCGCCUCGACGACGCGGCUCAGCUGUGGACGGCGUACGACGCCUUUGCUGCCGAGUUUGACUUUCCAGGGAGCUACACUCGCGGCGACCUGCCUUGGCUCACCCGGGUGUAUGAGGCCGGUGUGGUGGUCAACGUCCCCAUCCCGCUGCCGGGCAACGGGACGUAUCUCACAGCAAUGGUGCUCGGCGGAGUCGACAAGGCGCGCGUCCAGAUUGUCGACGUCCACCGCACACUCUGGCUCGCCUACGACCGCAUCCUCACCAACAACGACGCGGCGCAAAUCCGCGGCGUCUCGGCGCUGCAGCACAUGGCGGACGCGCCGGGCAUGGGCAGCUUCUCGCGGGCCGAUAUGAAGCGCGGGACGCGGAUGAUCCAGCACACGCUGCCGAUGCGAUUUAAGGGCAUGAUGUUCCUGCACCCACCGUGGUACUUUAACCUCAUGUUCAAGCUUGUCCGCCCCUUCCUCACCAAGAAAAUGGUGGACCGCAUCAACGUUCUCGGCUCGUCCGAGAACGACCUCUUUGCCGCCAUCCCGCGCUCUGCGCUCCCGGCGUGUCUUGGCGGAAGCCUCCCGCUCUUCUCACCACGCGAGGAGCUCGCCGCCAUCUACGCCUCGCUCGGCGUGCCGUAUCACGAGCUCCUCGUCCGCGAGUCCAUUGCGACCGCGGUGCCCGCCAAGGGCUGGCUUGCCCGGCGCGAGCUCGUUCUUGACCUGCCCGAGCCCGGCAUGGUAACCGUCACUGCCGUGGCAGGCGACUCGAUCUGCGCUGCGCCGCCGCCGGCCGGCCUCGGGCUCGCCGUCGGCGAUGUCAUCUCUGCCAUCAAUGGCAAGCGCGUCCGCGCGCUCUCGGACGUUUACUUUAAGUUCGCUGGCGGCCGCAUUGUCCUCACUCUUGAACGCCGCGCCGUCGAACCAUACCAGCGCAUGAUGCGGAUUCCAGGCAUCGACAUCCCGUGGUCUGAGCUCUCUGCCGGCACCAUCGACGAGCUAGCCAUCACUCCUGACACAGGCAACGGCUCGAACUCUGGCCACGGCUCGGACUCCAGCCACGGCUCAAACUCUAGCGAUGGCUCUUGGUGGUCCGACUCGGACUCGGACGUCUUUUACGACGCGCCGUCAUCGGCCCACUGGCUCGACGACGAGACGCCACCGCGCCGCCGCCGUCGUCGUCGGCGACGGCGUUAG